AUGAGCAUUAUGAUCAUAAAACGGUCAAUUCCUGAGGCGUUUCGGGGCUCAAUUACUGAGGAUAAAGAUGCCAAAAAGUUCCUAAAGGAUGUUGAAAAAUUCUUUACUAAGAAUGAAAAAGCGGAGGCAAGUAGUCUUUUGAGCAAACUUGUCUCCAUGAGGUAUAAAGGUACAGGAAACAUAAGGGAGUACAUUAUGGAAAUGUCUCAUCUUGCUUCAAAGUUGAAAGCACUAAAGUUAGAGUUGUCUGAAGACUUACUCGUGCAUUUCAUUUUGAUUUCCCUUCCUACACACUUUGGGCAAUUCAAAGUGAGUUAUAACACUCUGAAGGACACUUGGUCCUUAAAUGAGCUUAUAUCUCACUGUGUGCAAGAAGAAGAGAGGUUACAGCAAGAUAAGACUGAAAGUGCUCACAUGGCUUCAUCUUCUCAGUAUAAAAGAAAGCGUGAUACUACUGCGGAUAUACCUUCUCAGCAGAAAAAGGUCUUUGUACCUAUUAUUGUUCAAGACACAGUUAUAGUACAAGAGCACAAUGAGAAAAGCAACGUCCCGGGCCUUUUGCUCUUUUCCUAG